AUGGCGGCAACACCACCUGGCGGGAGGCUGGCCCCAACGCUGGUGGUCCAGUGCUCCACCGCAAGUCCUGGCGUCCGUCUGAAGACAAGGAAGAGGAACAUCGUCGUUCCCCACGAUCCCCAGUCCUUUGCUGAGGCUGUCAUUGCGGUCCUCGGGGAUGCUCAGGAGUCUGAUGACAUCGAGCGCACCCUGGAUGCAGCAAACAAGGCGAGCUGGAGAUGUAACUGGUGGCAUGCACAAAUGCAUAUCCUAGACAGCGCGGAGCUUGACUUCUCUCGCUACGGCGAUGUGCUCUUCGAGGUGGCCUUUGCGGGGGCCCGCCUGACCACUGGCGGGAAUGUUUCCCAUGAGGGCAAGCCCCUGGAGUUUAACAUCCUGGCGUCGCCUGCCGAGACGGCGGCGAUCGUGCCCUACAUCAAGUGGUUUCAGACCAUGAUCCGGCGCCGCCCCUUCCUGGUCAAGUCGCUGGAGAACACGCUGAUCAAGCUGAUCCUGUCGCUGGAGUUUUACGAUGACCUGGGCAGGAAGAAGAUUGCCAUCGGUGAGCCAGAUGAGCGAAUACCUUGA